AUGGGCAUUGUUGACAAAAAAAGUUCUUCGCCUGAGGCCCAGGCUGUCGAUACUCUCCCUAGAGAUGCAACAGACGACGAGAUAGAGAAUCUCCCACACAUUGUUGACAAAAUUCCAUCCCCAGCGUGGGCAGCCGCUCUGAUUGGAGCGUCUGAGAGGUUCAGCUAUUACUGUUUCGUUUCCAUUUGGCAAAACUAUCUUCAAAACGAACGAGACUCUCAAUUUGUACCAGGAGCUCUCGGACUGGGGCAGGCAAAGGCAACAGCAAUAUCCAAUGGAUUUUUUAUCUUUCUUUUCCUAACGCCCAGUUGCUUCGCCAUUGUCUCUGACAUAUGGCUUGGCCGUUACAAGACCCUAUUACUGGGGCUUUUCUUGUCGUUUUGCGGGUCACUCAUCAUGUUUGUUACAGCCCUGCCCUUUUCCCUUGACAGAGGUGCAGGUCUUCCAGGUUUAAUUGUCGCUAUGGUCCUAGUAGGACUGGGUGUUGGUGCAACAAAAGCAACCGUUUCCCCAUUCAUUGGUAAGAAACACCCAUUCAAGUAUGUCCAAAAGAGUCCUCAACUCGUUCGGCAAAAGAAUGGGACUCUUGUUGUUGUCGACAGCACAAGAACGCUGCAAUUUCUCUACAAUGCCUUUUACUGGUUCACAAAUAUAGCUUCCCUCUCGUCCAUUCCCGCCACAAUCCUAGAAAAGGAGUAUGACUUUUGGGCGGCCUAUCUCAUGGCAGCCACCUCACUUAUGAUUGCCGUGAGCCUUCUUUUGAUAUUUGGGCCACGCUUAGGCAAGAUUCGGCCUGGGGAAAACUGUCUUCCACGAGCUAUCAAGGUUAUGACAGUGGCAGCAAAAAAUGGGCUCAAGCUGGAUCAUGCGAAGCAAUCAUACCAGAUGGAGAAUCGUGGUAUCUUGGUCUCAUGGAGUGACAAGUUCGUGGACGAGUUAAGACGCGGUCUCUUGGCGUGUCGUGUCAUCUUCUGUUUCGCCUUCUUCUAUAUGGCAAUCACGCAAAUGUUCAACAAUCUAAUUUCGCAAGCCGGCCAGAUGCAGCUUCACGGGGUACCGAAUGACAUGCUCCAAGCUAUGGCUGGUGUGGCUUGUGUGGUCUUUGGCCCUGUGAUCCAGGCUUUAUAUAACUUUCUCGCGAAGCACCGUAUCUCCUUCGGUCCUAUGGCCCGAAUUUCAGUCGCCUUCCUCAUAUGCGGCUGCGGUAUGGCCUACGCAGCAGGUCUCCAGAAAAUCAUUUACAGCACAGGACCCUGCUUUGAUGCACCCCGCGCAUGUCCCGCUUCAGACGGCGGACGUCUACCCAACGCGAUCAAUGUCUGGGCUCAAUUGCCCAUAUAUGUAGCUAUAGGCAUUGCGGAGAUUUUCGGCCUCGUUACUGCAAGCGAGUACGCAUACUCCAAGGCUCCCAAGGAGAUGAGGAGCAUUGUUCAGGCUAUGGUCCAGCUGAGCGCCUGCAUUGGGUCUCUAAUGGCUAUGGCGCUUAGUCCAGUGUCACGGGACCCUCAUCUUGUCAUUGUGUAUGCCGUCAUCGCGGGAGUCAUGGGGAUAUGUUCGAUCCUAUUUUGGUGGAAGUUUCGCAAGUAUGACAAGCUGGAUCGUGAACUCAACAACUUGGACCGAGAUAAUUAG